CCUUUGUCACGUGAACUCGCACGGUCGCGUGCAGGGCACGCCAGAUGCGCAGCACCAUAGCAGUUCAGUAAGCGUCUUCAGAUAGCGGGCAUGGUCGCUGACAGGCUGCUUCUCCCGUGCCCCAUCAGCCAGAAUUGUGAAACACUGUGAAUCGUGAAAUCUCAACUCCAGACUAUGAGGACUGCAGUAACUGUACUGUGCUUGUUGGGGAUGCUGUUUGUCAAGCAGGAUGCAGAGGCGGGCACCGCGUUUGACCUCAUGAGAGAGACUGCAGUGUCAUGGACGGGGGAGCUGCCGUGCGGCAACUGGGACUGCGAGUGCGCCUUCAAGCGCCAGCGUGGCUGCUGCUGCGUUGCCGGCAGCGUCUUCCAGCUGGAGGAGGACAUGUUCGGGCGCAUGGUGGGUCUCUGGCAGGGACUCUCCACCCUCAACAGCAAGCUCGGAGAGCUCACAGGUCCUGACAGCAAGGUUGCCUUUACAGCUGUGAUGUCCCCAAUGUCCAUGGGCUCCCAGUGCUUUGGGCCCUUCACUAGCCACGUACCCAUCUCCUACACCAACGUCCAACUCAACCAGGGCUUCGGCUACAACCCAGCUCUCGGCAUCUUCACAGCCCCGCGCACAGGCGUCUACUCCUUCUCCUACAGCGUCUACUCCAACGUGGGUUCGAGCGGCGAACGCCUCUACCACAUGGUCCAACUGAUGCGCGACGGCGUGGAGGUGGCGUCCACGUGGGAGGACAACCGCGAGGACUCCGAGGACAGUGGCUCGCAGACGGUGGUGCUGCAGCUGCGUCGUGGCUGCCAGGUGUACAUGCAGCUGUUCUCCGGGCGCAUGCUGUGCGGAGACACGGAGGGCCACAACCGCUUCAGCGGGUACCUGCUCUACCCACUCAGCGACUAGGGCACCAUGGAGAAGACAAGGACACACAUACACAGGAUGACACACAUACACAAUACAGGAAGAUAGCUUGCAACAUAGUCUGACAUACAUGAGGACUCUCACAAGGACCACACAUGACCAGAGACCUACUUAGACAUAAAUGACAUAAAUGUAUUAAAAACUGUUCGACAAAAACACUGUUUCCAUUGCUGUUCCUCUUUCACAUAUCUGUCUAUCUAGUUUUACUAGUUUUACCAUGUGUAAACACAGCUAGGUGAAACAGUUUUAGUUUUCACAUCACAAAAGGCUAUAUCUUUUUUAGAAUAUAUAUGGGAUCUUUGCACAUUCAUUCACUAGUCAUCGGAUAGCUUCACUAUUCAUAUUUUUUUUAAAUAAAUGACCUGAUGUAAACAAGUAGCAAAGCA